AUGCACACUCGCAUAAGGAGAAUUAACCAUCUUUACCAAAUUAACACACAGUACAGUGAGAUCCAGAGUAGUGCACUAGGACACAUAAAUAUAGAGUUGUGGAGAGCUCGCAUUGGGCUGUCCAGUGGUGGGAGGGGAUCGCGACCACACAGUAAAGCUCCCUCGAUAAAACACCAGCCUCUACACUUUAGUGACACAGUGGGUACUACUGCGAAAGUGGUUCAAGGAGGAUUGCUUUUAUUGUAUAUUCUCACAUUUCUGAGCUAUCAAGAUAAAAGCAAAUUCCUAAAACGUACAAGGAACGUUGGUCUUCUGGUGAUACUGAUUGCUGUGUUGCUCCACUCUCUUGCCCACCUCUUGCUGUUAGCUGGAGACGUUGAGAGCAAUCCUGGGCCUCAAAUGGAUGACGCACUAACAAUGGAUGAUUUAAACGAAGCUCACACUAAACUGUACGACUCUCAGAACAAAUGGUUCGAGAUUGGACAAGCUCUACAUGUUGAGGAUGUCAUACUAGAUAGCAUCAGAAAGCGGUAUGCUAAUGAUGACAGCACCUGUCUUCGUGAAAUGCUUGAUCACCGUUUGAAAUCAGGGCCUCCUCUAACCUGGAAGGAGUUACUUAAUACUCAGUAUGCAUAUCUGUCAUUAGGAUCAUCUGCUCAACCAGUGAGUACAGUUCUUCAAGUGCUAUUGGACAAAUAUCAGCUCAGUCCUUCUCAAGUCGACUGUCAAAUUCGCAUAAGUCUCUAGCAAUAUUUCUGAUGUAUAUAGCUAUUUAUCAAUGAAAAAUCUUGCA